CAGGCCUCCUUUCCUCCCGCCGUCUUCGUACGGCCGCAAAGCGCGCCGCUGUCGGCUGAGGCGUUUGCGACAGCGCGGGGCUGAGGGGCUGCCGGUAUGUUCGGCGCGGCGGAGGAGGAUGACGCCGACUUUCUGGCCCCCGCCACCGGUGCAAGAUUGGCCUCUCUCUUUGGACUGGAUCAGACAGUCUCAAGCCAGGGAAAUGAAUUCUUUCAAUACACUGCACCAAAGCAGCCCAAGAAGGGUCAGACAGCAGCUGGUCAGGCAGCCCAGAAGGCGCCUGCAGCCCCAGCAGCUACAGGAACACCCUCAGUCUUCAUGGCCACUGCGGUUCAUGCUUAUCGAUAUACAAAUGGGCAGUAUUUGAAGCAAGGCAAGUAUGGAGCAGCUGUAGUGGGGAGCCAUGCUACUAAAGAGUACAGGAUUCUCCUUUACAUCAGUCAGCAGCAACAGAUCAUGUCUGCAAGGAUCCACCCAGGCUUUGUGCUCACGGUCCAGUCCAACAAUUACAGCACAUUCUAUGAUGAUCAAAGGCAAAACUGGUCAAUCAUGUUUGAGUCAGAAAAGGCAGCAGUGGAUUUCAGUAAACAGGUGUGCAUUGCCAAAUACAACAGCUCCCCAGUGCUCGAUUCAGUCCUCUACCAGGAUCUCCUUCUUGGAGAAGGGCAGGGAGUCGAAGGAGGGGAUUCUCUGGAGAUUGCCUACACAGGUUGGCUGUUCCAGAACAAUGGGCUUGGACAGGUGUUUGACUCAAACAUUAACAAGGACAAGUUGUUGCGCCUAAAGCUGGGAUCUGGGAAGGUCAUCAAGGGCUGGGAAGAAGGAAUGAUGGGGAUGAAGAAAGGAGGACGGCGCUUCCUCAUUAUUCCUCCAGCCUGGGCCUAUGGGACUCAGGGAGUGGCUGGCCGUGUCCCUCCAGACUCUACUCUAGUUUUUGACGUGGAGGUUAGGCGGGUGAAGCUGGUGAAGGAAGGCUCUGGCUCAGAUGGACAGAGCAUUAGUUCAAGGGAUUCUCUUGCACCUUCACCAGUGCCUAAUUCAGAUGGCUUCUCUGCAGACCCUGUUUUAUUGCCUCCAUCUACAAUACCUCCAAAGCCUGGGGAGCCAGCUGUUAGGGCCAAGUCCAACUCCAUCAGUGAACAGUUAGCAAAUCCAGACGUAGCAAAGGCAAAGCUAAUUUCUCGGAUGGCUAAAAUGGGUCAGCCCAUGCUGCCCUUCCUUGCUGGGACAGCAGGCAGUCAGCUUGACUCCAGUGACUCAGAAAUAGAG